CCACGUUUCUUGCUCGAGUCUCACCCAAAAAUAUCAACCAACUCGAAACGAAUCGAAGCGGGGGAGGGCGGAGAGCGGUGGGACGCCAUGAACGUGGAGGAGGAGGUGGGGAAGCUCAGGGAGGAGAUCCAGAGGCUCGGCCAGAAGCAGCCCGAUGGAUCCUGCAAAGUAACUUUUGGUGUUCUCUUCAACGAUGACCGUUGUGCAAACAUAUUUGAAGCACUAGUCGGCACCUUGCGUGCUGCCAAGAAGAGAAAAAUCGUUACCUAUGAUGGUGAGCUGCUUCUACAAGGGGUUCAUGACAAUGUGGAGAUAACACUGUUGCCUCCUCCAGCGGUCGCUGCUGCUUGAAUGGUUGCAACACCACCAACGCCCCUGGUGUCAAAGGCGUUGAUAUGCAUAUAAUCUUUUUGUGUCUAUGUUCUCAUGAACCAUUUGAUAUUCGAAGAAGACGCCUAUCGUGUGAUGUUUUCAACUAGAGCUGAAUGCAAUUUCUUGGACAUGGUUGUAUCAGAAUUCAGAACAGAAAUGAUAAGUCCACUGCCGAUAUAUAUAGUGCAGUGUAGAAAGAAUCAUAAAAUGUCCAUGAAUUGUUUACAGUACUGCAUUCAUGAAUGCCUCU